CGCUGCUCUCUCGCAGUCUCUAUUUCCAGUGCCAGGAGGCUGGUGAGAAAGAGGCAGCACAAGGAGACCUCUGUCCUGUCUGCAAGUUUUCCAGCUAAUGGCCUCCACUCUUUCUUUGACCGAGCUCUUUUGGCCUCCUAUUUGCCAUUUCCUUUUCCCACUGGUGUGGCUAAGGAGGGGGCCAGCUGCCAGUUUGUGAGCCACGAAGAGGAGAACUGAGCCCUUUGGGGAUAUUUUUGGGGGGGCACAAAAACAUUCAGUGGCACUUGAACAUGUCGCUCUGAAGGGCACUGCUGUGGGACCGCCUGACGCUCAAGAGGAGGAAAAGGAGGAACAGCUACUCCCCAGCAGCUCUGGUUUCAGACCUCUGCAGCAGCCUUUUGUGUAUGACAAUUUGUUCUGAGCACAGGACGGCUGGGGAGGGUGGGGAGGAUGAGUGCAAGCAGUCUUCCUUGGGACCAGGCUAUUUUCCAGCCUCCGGUGUGCCAUGCCUGGAAGGAGGUUAUGGAGGAAGCAGCCUAUCAUCUGGCCAGCUGCAUCGUCCUCCUGGGUUACAUGGGGGGAAGUGGCAUCUUUGGGUACCUCUAUAUCUUUGGCCUCCUGGCCCCGGGCUACUUGUGCUAUGCUCUGUGGGGCUGGCUGAAUGCCUGUGGGCUGGAUAUCUUCACCUGGAACAUGCUGCUUGUCCUCCUCUGCUUGCUUCAGCUGGCUCACCUGGUUUACCAGCUGCGCAGAAACACCAUCCUGGGAGAGUUUGACCUUCUCUACAAGACCAUGUACCUGCCCUUGCAGGUGCCCCUGAAGGUCUUUAAAGAAAUUGUGAAGUGCUGUGAAGAGCAAGUCCAGUCACUAGCCAGAGACCAGAAUUAUGCAGUGGAGGGCAAGACACCCAUUGACCGCCUCUCCUUGCUGCUGUCUGGCAGGGUCCGAGUGAGCCAGGAUGGACAAUUCCUUCACUACAUCUUUCCGUACCAGUUCCUGGACUCUCCAGAAUGGGAGUCAUUGCGACCUUCUGAGGAAGGAACCUUCCAGGUCACACUGACAGCCGAGACUGACUGCAGCUUCAUCACCUGGCCGAGGAAGAAGCUCUAUCUCCUCCUGAGGAAGGACCGCUACAUCGCUCGGCUCUUCUCCUCCCACCUGGGCUAUGACAUCUCUGAGAAGCUCUACUCCCUCAACGAGAAGCUCUUCGCCAAGUUCGGUCUCCGCUUUGACAUCCGCCUGCCCAGCCUCUACCACGUCCUCGGGCCAGCAUCCUCUGAGGGGGAGCCAGAGGACUGCGAGGAGCCACCACCUGCCUCCCCCAUCCAGGCUGCUGCCUCCGAGCCCCCUCUGCAGCCACCACCACCACCUCCUCCACCAGCUCCACGGACCCGGUCGUCCCGGCCUGACAGUGAUCUGCUGGGUGAGGACUCCACCAGUCUUGUCUUGGAAGAUUUUGCUGAGUUGCCGGGGUCUUUUAUGGACUAUGUGAGCGAAGGGGAGUAUCACCUCCGGAAUUCUCCCCGCCCUCUCUGCAAAGGACGAGCCCCUCUGGCUCCCACCCAGACCCCAGAACUCUAGGGAGCAAGAGGCUGUUUCGCUCCUGAAGCCCCUCCAAGGGAGCCUUAUGCUCACACAGGUUUCUGACCAGAGAGACCACUCUUUAGCAAGCACUGAGAUGUCUGCCUGCAGACACCUACACCCAGAAGCACGUGAAGCACACGCGUGAGACUGCGGUGCAACACUCCAGCACACCCCACCUCACGGCUGUUCACCAGAGCUGCCUGCCCCAGUGUGCUUCCUUCCCCAGUUUGUUUUUUCUAGUCCUGCCCCUCUGGGGCACGUUGGCAGCUCUGAUACCAAGGUACACCGAUACCGCGAUACCCAACCUGCUCGCAGAAUCUGUGUUCCCUUUGAUUUAAUGAUCACCAUUAAAGUCAGAGAUGAAACGAGUGCUGUUUGAGGAUUUGAAGAGGGAGGGGACAGUGUUUGAAAGGCUUCCAGGGGUUAAGAUUUCUCAUUUAUGACAAGCUCCACUUCUCAAAGAAGCUGCCGAUUUCUGAUGAAA